AUUUUAAAUAGCAUAAAUAAAAACAGACAGUACGUGCAUCAGAGUUAGCCCUGUAGUGUGUUGACUCCAGUGAGAGGUACAUUGUGACUUUGUGCAGCUAUGACUGUGUAGUUGUCGUGUCGUUAAGCGGCUCCUCUAGUAGCUGGUGUGUGUCGGUGCUCGGCUGCCAACUGUCACCGCAAACAACACGGGCUCCAAGCGAUCGCUCCAACCGAGAAAUGGCAUCGGUACCGUAUGAGCCUGGCUCCAUGCCGCUGCCCGAGGCGUUGGUCCCCGCCAGCAUAUUCGCACCGGACCGAGGGGGAUGCGCGGACGACGUCGGGGACGAGUGUUUCGAGGACGGGGACGCGCUGAAUGGCGAGUCCGUGGAGCGCGGGGUUGACUUUACUAGCAAGCUGGCACUUGUGAGCCCAAACGGAGAGCAGUAUGACUCCUUACUACGCCAGCUACGGGACAGAAUGGAGGAGGGAUGUGGAGAGACGAUCUAUGUGAUUGGGAUGGGCUCAGACGGUGGCGACUGGGGUCUGGAUGAGAAAGAUAUGGAGGCUUCGGUGGCCACGGUGCGAUCUAUGUGCGAGCAGCUGGACACUGACCUCAUCCCCCUGCGAAAGCGCACUGAAGCUGCCGGUUUGGUUCGUGACUAUCUGAUUCGCCGGCGUGUGGGUGAGCUGGACUUCCUGGAGGUCAGGGUUGCAGUGGUGGGUAAUGUGGAUGCUGGUAAGAGUACUCUGCUGGGAGUGUUAACACAUGGAGAGCUGGACAAUGGCAGGGGCUUUGCCCGUCAGAAGCUCUUUAGACACAAGCACGAGAUGGAGAGUGGCAGAACCAGCAGUGUGGGCAACGAUAUCUUGGGGUUUGACCAGGAGGGACAGGUGGUGAAUAAGCCAGAUAGUCAUGGGGGAAGCCUGGAUUGGACCAAAAUCUGUGAGAAGUCCUCCAAAGUCAUUACAUUCAUUGACCUGGCUGGCCAUGAGAAAUACCUGAAGACCACAGUGUUUGGAAUGACUGGACAUCUACCUGACUUCUGCAUGCUCAUGGUGGGCAGUAAUGCAGGUAUUGUGGGGAUGACUAAAGAGCAUCUGGGCCUGGCCUUGGCUCUCAAUGUGCCUGUGUUUGUUGUGGUAACCAAGAUAGACAUGUGUCCAGCCAACAUCCUGCAAGAGACAUUAAAGCUGCUGCAGAGGUUACUCAAGUCUCCCGGCUGUAGAAAGAUUCCUGUCCUGGUACAGAACAAGGACGAUGUUAUAGUCACAGCUUCCAACUUCAGUUCAGAGAGGAUGUGUCCUAUCUUCCAGAUCUCUAAUGUGACUGGAGAGAACAUGGACCUGCUGAAGAUGUUCCUCAACCUGCUUUCCUCCCGGACCUCCUACCGAGAUGACCAACCUGCCGAGUUUCAGAUAGAUGACACCUACUCUGUACCAGGGGUGGGAACAGUAGUGUCAGGAACUACUUUACGUGGACUCAUACGCCUGAAUGAUACAAUGCUGCUGGGGCCGGACCCCCUUGGAAGUUUCAUUCCUAUCGCCGUCAAAUCAAUCCACCGCAAGAGAAUGCCAGUGAAGGAGGUUAGAGGAGGCCAGACUGCCUCAUUUGCUCUAAAAAAGAUAAAGCGCUCCUCCAUAAGGAAAGGCAUGGUGAUGAUUUCCCCAAGACUGAGCCCACAAGCAACAUGGGAGUUUGAGGCCGAGAUCCUGGUACUUCAUCACCCCACUACGAUAUCCCCUAGAUACCAGGCCAUGGUUCACUGUGGUAGCAUAAGGCAGACAGCCACCAUCUUGUCCAUGAACAGAGACUGUCUACGGACAGGAGACAAGGCUUCAGUCCACUUCCGUUUCAUCAAGACCCCCGAGUACCUGCACUGUGACCAGAGACUGGUGUUCAGAGAGGGACGUACCAAGGCUGUGGGCACCAUCACUAAGUUGCUGCAGUCCACCAAUAAUUUGCCAUCGAACUCCAAACCUCCACAAAUCAAAAUGCAGUCCACAAAAAAGGCACCGCUGCGAAAAGAGGACGGCACCACAGCACCUGGCGAAGAUGUAGCAACGAUAGCACAGACAGCAAAUACGACACAACCAGGAGAGGGAGACGAAGACCCUCAAAUAAAAGAGGGUAACAAAGAAAACAAGCCAAAGUCCGGAGGAGGUGGAAGAAGAAGGGGCGGCCAGAGGCACAAAGGAAAAAGUCAGAACAGCAGCACCAACGCAACAGCAGCUCCCUCCUCAGCAGGGAUUGGAGGCUGCUGAACUGCCCCUGAAUUCCUUAUAACCUCCGUCUCUGCUAUCACUCCACCAAGUGUCUUCAUUCCACGAACCAUAAAAAAUGCUGAUGUCUGGAGAAAAACUCCCUUUUCAGUCUUAUUACUCCCUGCCUUUGAACACUAGGUCCUAUAGCUUUUAUUUUUAAAAGGGAAUGUCUCUGAACCAGCAGGCAUAUAACCUUAUUGCAGUUUAACAGCUGCCUAUUUUUGCUUUGAGGGAUGGACAGCAGUGUGUUUCUUUGAGGUUAGCCUCACUCAGGAUGAAUAUUUAUUUAAUUUAAUCAUAUUUAAAGUGUGUUUACGAGUCCUCUGGCUCUGUGUCAGUGGCAGGGAGGGAGGCUAAACUCAAAACAAGGGUCCAGUACCAGUAUGAGCAGCUAUAAGUCAAACUCCCCAUGCAUUCCCUCUGUAUUUGAAAUGACAAACAGUUCAUGUACUAUUUAUACUGCAUAUUUAAAUUAGCUGUUAGUUGUGCUGAUUGGAAAAAAAUGCCAUUGUACAAAAUGUUUGCAAAUCACAAAAUGAAUGUAGCAGAAGGCACAUAAUGAGUUCAAACUCCACAUAUGGAAAUAUAAGCUGUUCAUUUUUAUAAGUGUCACAUUUAACAUACGAACGUUGACUUUUGGACGCUCUUUACACCUACUCCACCUGUAGUAUUAAUCACGCUCUCACCAGUUAGUCGCCAGUGUACAAUCCUUACACCAGUAGAGGUAGUAUGAACAAAACAAACACUCUGCUCAUGAUUACAAGUACUUGCAAUGCUUCUUGGAUCUAGUACCCAUGCGUUAUGGCCUGUUGCUUCUAAAGUGGCAUUUUAAUCUCAUUUUGCAGCUGGAAUAAAAUCUAAACUAAAACUAA